AUGUCUACCCCGCCCUGCCAGCGCUUCGCCUGCAACCUGCAGAACUGCAUUGAGAAGUAUGCCUUCGAGCGGGACCCGGAGGUGGGGAAGCAGGCCUGCCAGAAGGCAUUGGAGAACCUGCACGCGUGCUGCCGCCGCCUGCGCGACAAGGGCCAGAGCAGCUCCGUCUGCCCGGAGGUCCUGAUGCCGGCCCCGGCCCCGGCCAAGACGCCGCCGGCGCAGUGA